AUGCCGGCCGCUGCGGCGAUGGUUUCGAUGUCGAGCGAACCGCCGUACUACGACGGACCGAAGAAAAGCUCCGGCAAAUUUCUGACCCACUUUGCGCGCCGCUUGCGCAUCGGCAAAGGUUCGAAAUCGAAGCCACCGGUCGGUGCGCACGGACUGAUUGAGAUGGACUCGGAGGAGGAUCGGCACGGGGGCGACACGGAGGAGAUUGUGAUACUGCGGCACGGUACCGCACCGGACGAGCUGCUCACCGGUGGCAGCUCCGGGGCGGAAUCGUCCACGAUGGUGCUGGUGGUGCCGGCGGCGGCCGUCGUCGCAGCGCCCCCGUUCAAGCGGGGCCAUUCGUUUCGCCAGAGCCUGAGCUAUCUGCUCAAGCGCACCCGGCCGAAGCUGACGGAGCGGUCCUGCACCAGCGACAGCGAUGUGGUGCACGAGCUGGACGAGGAUGCGGCCAACGUACGGACGGCCCGGCGGCCCGUGCUGGAUGCGUUCCUGCCGGAGCAACUGCCCGCCAAACGGCACAGCACCGGCGACAUCUUUAACGAGGAUCUGGACGCUAAUGCGUGUGCCCGGGUGGGACCCGGUGGACGGCAUCGGCGCGUCCACUCGGAUACGACGAGUUACGGACAGGCGGACAAGGCGAGUUCCAAGGCUGGACAACCCAAAUCCGCCAACAGUGUUGGGCUCGGGACGCGUCCACUACCACUGUCCUCCACGAUAGAACCGCUCAGCAGUGUGGAAACCCCCGGUGGGCAACCGGAGGGUGCGGCCCACCUGAAUGUACUCUCACGCAGUCCUAGUCAUUCGACGGCGAAGAGCGAUCCCAAAUCGCUCAAAUCGCUGUCUCCGUCGGCACGGUCGUCCACGAUACGCAGCUCUAGUCCACAUCCGCUGAAAUCGUUCAGCAGCACGCGGGACACCGUCGACAAGCCGGAAAAGCACCACAAAAAGAAGGAGGGUGGUAUGUCAUGGGAGCAGAAAAAGUUUGCCCAACAUUUCGCCCAGGUUCCGGACGAUGAGGUCGUGCUGGAUUAUUUUUCCUGCGCCCUCGUUGGAGACAUCCUGCUGCAGGGUUAUCUGUACAUUACGCAGAACUACUUCGCCUUCUACUCGAACGUGUUUGGAUAUGUAACGAAGUUGCUCAUCCCGACCGUUUCCGUGCUGGACAUAUCGCGUGAGAAGACGGCCUACAUGUUCCCGAAUGCGGUCGGCGUGAAGACGCGCGACGAUCGGCACGUGUUCGGCAGCUUCCUGAGCCGCGAAGCCGCCUACUAUCUGAUGUGCAGCGUGUGGGAAAGGGCAACGACGCCGCUGAGCGACUCGCUGGGAAGCAUCCAGCACACCCGGCUGGCACCGCUGCACGCGGAAGGUUCGGAAGGUUCGUUGGAUGAGGACAGCAGCUGCUACGAUGCUAACGAAAGCUCGUUCCACGGGAAGGACGAAAUGCCCGAUCUGCUCGAUUCGGGCGAUUCGCACGAGAAGCAGCUGAACGUGACCGAAGGUGGCGGUACGAACCAGUCGUCCGACGAUUCCACCGUGCUGCAGAAGCAAAAGAAACUUAAAAAGGAACUGCUGCUCAAAUCGCCCGCCAUCGUGAAAAGCCCGGCCCUUCUCAAGGUGGCGGUCGCGGCCGGCGCACUCGAUGGGCUGAAGGGUGACAAGACUUUACCGAUGCUGGCGGGCGGUUUGAUUGGUGAUGGUGGUAGCGGUGGUGCACGCGGUGUGUACGGUGACGGUGCCGGCCGUAGCAAACUGUCCCUUAUAAAGCAAAAGCUCCGGCACAUCCUUCCCUCCGAUUUUGGUAUUAUACACAUAGGAUUAAUAUUGGCUGUCCUGCUGGCUCUGUUUUCCUGCUUUCUGGCCUACAAGAUUCACGCAUUGCAGGCCCGUCUCGCCGCGCCACCCAUUCGAUUGGGUGACGAUACAGACUUUUAUCUCGAUGUGCUCCGGUGGCAGAAGCGUUUGCACAGCAAAAGCAAGGAGGAGGCUCAGAUCGUGCUAAACUCGAAUCUGGAGCAGAUCAUUAAGGUGCGCAAGAGCCUGGAAACGCUCUCACUGUUGAUCCAGGACUCGGCCACGGACGGUAGCGGAGCGGACGAACAGGGGCUGCUCGGUGCAAUGAUCGCGGACGGUGCCAGUAGCGUGCUGGAAGACAGUGGUAGUUUAAAUCAACAGUACUUCCACGAGGACGCUACAUAG